AUGGGAAGAUCACCAUGUUGCGAGAAGAAGAAUGGGCUCAAGAAAGGACCAUGGACUCCUGAAGAAGAUCAGAAGCUCGUUGAUUAUAUCAAUAAACAUGGUUAUGGAAAUUGGAGAACUCUCCCCAAGAAUGCUGGGUUACAAAGAUGUGGUAAAAGUUGUCGUCUCCGGUGGACAAACUAUCUCCGACCAGAUAUAAAACGAGGAAGAUUCUCUUUCGAAGAAGAAGAAACUAUUAUUCAACUUCACAGCAUCAUGGGAAACAAGUGGUCUGCGAUUGCGGCUCGAUUACCAGGAAGAACAGACAAUGAAAUCAAGAACUACUGGAACACUCACAUCAGAAAAAGACUUCUAAAGAUGGGAAUCGAUCCGGUGACACACAGUCCACGUCUUGAUCUUCUCGAUAUCUCCUCCAUUCUCAGCUCAUCUCUCAACAACUCUUCACAUCAUCAUCAUCAUCAACAUAUGAACAUGUCAAGGCUCUUGAUGGGUGAUGGUCACCAUCAUCAGCCAUUACUUAACCCUGAGAUACUCAAACUUGCAGCCUCUCUCUUCUCAACCUCUCAACAUCAAAACCAAAACCAAGACCACUCCGGGAACACUAUUAACCAAACCGAAAUAAACCAAUACCAAACCGGUUACAACAUGCUCGGUAAUCAAGAAUUACAAGCUUGUUUCCCUAUCAUGGAUCAAUACGCGGAGUUCCAAGACCUCAUGCCAAUGAAGACGGUCGUCCAAGAUUCGUUCCCAUCUAAACACGACGAUGACUAUUCGAACUCUAACUCUGUAUUAGAAGCUUUUUACUCCGACUUUGCUUCGGUCCUGACCACACCUUCUUCGAGCCCAACACCAUUAAACUCAAGCUCCACAACUUACAUCAAUAGUAGCACUUGCAGCACCGAGGAUGAAAAAGAGAGUUAUUGCAGUACUGAAAUUCCUGAUUAUUCGUUUGAUGUUAAUGGUUUUCUGCAAUUCCAAGAUACAAAAAACCAUUGGGAUAGAGUUAUGUGA